AUGAUCACUGCUUGGUCUCCCGACGAAGCUGUGGAAGCACUGGGGCACCACCUCAUCGUUUUCUCGCUGCGCUCUGGGCACCAGCGCUUCUUGAAAGCCCAGGGAGCGACGUUACCCAUCUUCCUGCAAAACGUCAAUAGCGUCCAUCGGCAACUGGAGCGCGAGCAUCCAGGGGCGACCUUUCCUUUUCUACACGUGCGAUCUGACCAACCGGACCGUGCUGAGCUCCGGUACUUCUCCCCGCGUCGGGGCUUCGGGCGCUUUGUGGUGGGCGUGGUCCGGGCCAUUGGGGCUUAUCUCUAUGGGGUGGAUGUCAGCUUUGAGGAAGCACCUAUGAGCCCGAUGUCUGGACAAACUUUCAUGCCAGCCAACCUUCAAGCCAAGUCUUGGAGGAUGUCCUGGUGCCCAUUGCCAGAAGGAGCUGAGAAAAUCUGGGCGCGACCGCAGGAUGCGAGGUCCCCGAGCGAGGCGGGGCCGCAGGAGGCGUCGAUGCCCUUUGCCGCAUUGCACUCUGCUAUGAUGGAUAUCCAACGUUUGAGCAAGAUCUUUGGUUGUUCCAACGUGAGUUGCGCUCCUUCGAACUCACAACUGGUGCAAAGGAAGUUGGAGGAGCUGUCAACCUCGAAGAUGCCGGAGGAGGAUUUGCUCAUGCGAAGCACCACAGCCAAGACCAUCGCAGCAGCAUGGAGCGACAUACACCUUUGUCACUCGCCCGAUGAAGGGCAUGAGGAGGACUACCAACUCUCGCAAGAUGCACUCUUCGCCGACGGAUUCGUGAGCCACUGCUGGGCACCCCCAGAUGAUUGGGAUGAGGUCAUGGGAGAGGCUCGGGUUGGGACGCGAGAUCAGGAGGUCUCUUAUGCGGAAGUGAAGGCCACCACCUUAGCAGUCAUGGCGAAAGACAUCGCCCUCGGGCGAGACAGGUGUGUGAAUCUCUUGGAGAAGUUCAUCCUCAAGUGCGAGUACACCUGUGUCCUGUUUACCUGGAACUAUCUGGAACGAUUGUGGUGUAUCUAUGAAUGGGCUUGCUUCUUGAUCAGCCAGGACGUCGUUGGACCCUUGCUUCUGGAGCAAUCGUUGCCAUUCGAUCUCACGCCAGACUUCAACAAAAUCUUCCUGCAGACUGACGUGUUGGUACAAGAUGCGCUGUUGCCCUUGUAUUUGGACUCCGUGCGGAACUUUUCGUUGAAGAAAGCCAAAUGCCACAAGGAAUCUGACAGGAAGCUGCUUGAACAGAAGAUCCACCGUGAGUACGUCUCGGAGGAGGCCUUUGAAAAGCUCAUGCAGGCCACUGUGAUCGCAUUCAUGGCACGUUCCAUGGCCUAUCCCGCUGGCCGCAACCCUGAGCUUGAGAGGCGCCUGUAUACGCCAUGGGUACUUUGGCAGCUGAGGGGGUGA